UAGGAAGCUUGAAUGAGAGGUAGUUCGCCAGACACAACUGCAAAAUAAUAACUAUUUCACUGAUUGUGAGAGUGGAGAACUACCGGGAGUAAUCAUGGCCAAUAUCACGAAGAAAGUAUCGUGGUCGAGCCGAGGUGACGAGUCCGGUGGCGGCGAGAGAACCCCACUUCUCAACGGCUCCGAAGAAAUCCGGUUCACCAGACAGUUGUCUGGGGAUGGGGGUAUGUUUCACAUAGGCAGACUGAGCACGGUGGAUCUAGAGGAGGAUAUGACGUCAGAAGAGGACCCAGUGAGGGGCUGCCCCAAGGAGAUCCCUCACAACGAGAAGCUGCUGUCACUCAAAUAUGAGAGUCUGGACUAUGACAACAGUGAGAACCAGCUGUUUCUGGAGGAGGAGAGACGGAUGAGCUUCAUAGGGUUCAAGUGUUUGGAGAUCAGUCGGUGGGUGGUCUGUGGUCUGAUUGGGUUCCUGACUGGACUCAUCGCCUGUUGCAUAGAUAUCGCUGUGGAAAACCUGGCUGGGGUCAAGUACUUCGUUGUCAAACAGAACAUCGAGAAGUUUACGGAGGUGGGCGGUCUCUCCAUCUCGCUCAUCCUCUGGGCUGUACUUAACUCUGCCUUCGUCAUGGUGGGGGCUGUUAUAGUGGCGUUUUUCGAGCCAGGAGCAGCAGGAAGUGGUAUACCUCAGAUAAAGUGUUACCUGAACGGGGUGAAGAUACCUCGCGUGGUACGACUCAAGACCCUAGUGGUGAAGGUGUUUGGUGUGAUCUGCUCUGUCGCCGGAGGACUCGCUGUCGGAAAGGAAGGUCCCAUGAUCCACUCUGGUGCAGUGGUGGCAGCAGGAGUCUCCCAGGGACGCAGUACCUCCCUGAAGAAAGACUUCAAGAUCUUUGAGUAUUUCCGUAGAGACACAGAGAAGAGGGACUUUGUAUCCGCUGGAGCGGCUGCAGGAGUAUCUGCUGCUUUUGGAGCACCAGUCGGUGGUGUGUUGUUCAGUUUAGAGGAGGGGGCUUCUUUCUGGAACCAGAUGCUCACAUGGAGGAUAUUCUUUGCGUCCAUGAUCUCAACGUUCACUCUGAAUUUCUUCCUGUCCAUCUACAAUAAGAAACCUGGAGAGCUCUCCAGCCCUGGUCUUAUUAACUUCGGACGCUUCGAGAGUGAGAGUGUGGCCUACAACAUCUAUGAGAUUCCCUUGUUCAUCGUUAUGGGGGCUAUAGGUGGAUUGCUAGGAGCACUGUUCAAUAUCCUCAACUACUGGUUGACUAUAUUCAGGAUCAGGUACGUCCACCGGCCCUGUCUCCAGGUGAUGGAGGCCAUGCUAGUUGCCGCAGUAACGGCGACGGUGUCGUUCACCAUGAUCUAUUUCUCUAAUGACUGUCAGCCUCUCAGACCCGACCAGUCAGAGGACUACACUCUGCAGUUGUUUUGUGCAGAUGGACAGUAUAACUCCAUGGCAACGACCUUUUUCAACACACCUGAGAGGAGCGUCCGCAGUCUCUUCCACAACCCACCAGGUUCCUACAACCCUCUGACUCUGAGUGUGUUUACGUUGACCUAUUUCCUCCUGGCCUGUUGGACCUAUGGCCUGACGGUCUCAGCUGGAGUCUUCAUCCCAUCUCUGCUCAUAGGAGCUGCUUGGGGAAGACUGUUUGGAAUACUGCUGGCUUCUAUCACGCCUAACGGAUCGAUUUGGGCCGUUCCAGGGAAGUAUGCUUUAAUAGGAGCUGCAGCACAACUAGGGGGCAUAGUGAGGAUGACUCUCAGUUUAACAGUCAUCAUGGUGGAAGCAACAGGAAAUGUGACGUACGGUCUCCCCAUCAUGUUGGUGCUGAUGACAGCCAAGAUAGUAGGAGACUACUUUGUGGAGGGUCUGUAUGACAUCCACAUCAAGCUGCAGAGUGUUCCCUUCCUACACUGGGAGGCCCCCGCCACCUCCCACUGGCUAACGGCCAGGGAGGUGAUGAGUGCUCCAGUCACCUGUUUUAAACGUAUAGAAAAAGUUGGCACCAUCGUGGACGUCCUUAGCAACACCUCCACCAAUCACAACGGCUUCCCUGUCGUCGUGCCGGUCGCCGCUAGUGACGAUCCGGGGAAGAUCUGUGGACUCAUCCUUCGUUCUCAGAUCAUCGUUCUGCUCAAACACAAGGUGUUUGUAGAGCUGGCUCGAUCCAGGUUGACCCAGAGGAAGCUACAGCUGAAGGACUUUAGGGAUGCCUACCCUCGCUUCCCCCCUAUCCAGAGUAUCCACGUAUCACAGGAUGAGAGGGAAUGCAUGAUGGACCUUACAGAGUUCAUGAACCCUACACCCUACACCGUACCACAGGAGACGUCUCUUCCUCGUGUGUUUAAGUUGUUCAGAGCUCUGGGUCUCAGACACCUGGUGGUGGUGGACAAUGAGAACAGGGUUGUGGGUUUGGUGACUCGGAAGGACUUGGCUCGCUACCACCUGGGGAAGCACGGGCUGGAGGAAAUGCAACUGGCUCAGACAUGAUACACACACAUUAUUAUUAUUAUUAUUAUUAUUAUUAUUAUUAUUAUUAUUAUUAUUAUCACACACACACACACACACACACACACACGACCAAGAGACUACAUUGGUCACCUGUUGCCUAGUUACUUGUGAGAACCCCAUCUAUGCAUUCUGAAACUCCUGGGGUUAAAGGUCAGGGCUCCCUGUCAUUCACCGCUGCAGUCUGUCUGACUUUCACCAUAACAGCAUAACAACUACAGCGUCUCUCUCCCUGCCUGCUCCACCAGGCUAUAAUGCAUCAUAAGGCAGUCAUAAUGCUUCAUAAGACUUGUAAGAUGAUCUUGUCUUUCUAUCAUUUUAUAAUGAUCCUGACCUGUUACUGUCAGCCGUUUUGAGUCCGUUGAUAAGUUGCCUUAUAGAAAGACGUUAUGAGUUUAUAAAGCAUUAUAAGGGCUUAUAUAGAUGCACUAUAAUGCAUUAUACCUGUUGGCAUUCACGGUCUGGCCCUUCAAUUACAUUUACAUUUACAUCAUUUAGCAGACGCUCGUCUCCAGAGCGACUUACAAAUAGGUGCAUUCACCUU